AUGGCAAGUUGCGCAUACCAGCAUGAUAUUUAUCGCGUUGAACUUGCUCUUUCUCGAGAGGCCAUGAUUGGGUCACUUCUCGGGAAGACAUUAAGUCUCUUUACCCAAGUUACAGUCGACCGCCGGCCAGUGUGCGAUGUAUCGACAGGCCAGGUUCUUGGGGCUUGUGAACGAGGAGAGAUCUGUGUCAGAGGCCCAACAAUGAUGAAAGGCUACCUGAAAGACCAAGACGCCUCAAAACAAAUUAUUGACGGCGAAGGCUGGCUUCACACUGGAGAUCUGGGUUACUAUGACCAAGAUGAGCAUUUCUUUAUUGUGGACAAACUCAAAGACUUGAUCAAGUUCAGAGGAGAUCAGGUCUCUCCUUCAGAACUCGAAUCUCUCCUCAAGGCCCACCCGGCCGUAUCUGACGCAGCUGUUAUUGGGUUCCCAGACCCCGAAGUUGGAGAAUUGCCGACAGCUUUUAUUGUCAGUGUAAACGAUGAAGAUUUGACUGAAAUUGAAAUUAUUCAAUAUGUGGACGAGAAUGCAGCACCUCACAAAAAGCUUCGAGGAGGCGUAGUGUUUAUUAAUUCGAUUCCCAGGUCUGAGGAAGGGGAAAUUCUUCGAACAGAAUUAAGAGACAAAAUGAUUCAAGGAAAGUACAAACCAGUACAAAUGAGAAGAGGGUCGCUUUUUGGAAUCGAGGAAAACAAGAGAUUUUCUUUGAAGAGAAACUCUUCACCGGUGACUAGGAUUUUACCACGAAGCAUUGAAACAAUUCUAGAGGAAAAGCCUGAACAACUGCAAGUUCCACGAUCAAAAAGCUGUGUUAUAUUAUGAAAGGAACUCGUGCCUUCUCACAUGAAGGGGAAGGAAUGCCGCUGGACGGGUGAUGAUACAUUGGCCAUAAAGAGGUCUCAUUGAGCAGGGGUUUUUACUUCAUAAAAUGAAGAAAAGCCCUUAAAUGUCAUCGGCCAAUUAACAAUUUCCCCAGAAGUUCACUGAUUCCCAUUUAUACUUUGACUGCUAUUUCUGUAAGGAUGAAGUCCGGUUAUUUUUUUUGUUGUUGUAAAUAUUUUGGUAUUUAACUUUGAAGCAAAACAUAACAGAAGAGGCGAAGUGCUACUUUCAUACUGAGUAUGUAAAUUCAUGAAAUUUUAAAGAGAAAAUAUAAUGCCUGAAACAAAUCUGAUGAAGCAUGUCAAAAGGGUCGAGGUCAUAAAAUUAAUUUAUGGAAUGGAUAAUAGAAAAAUGAAUCGUAUAUUCCUCCUGCUUUUUCUUUAUAAUUUGUCGUUUUCUCUGUGAGUCAACAAAAUAUGGAUUGAUUUGGAGAGAGAUAGACUGGAAACGAUUAGACACUUUUUAAUAUCAUUCUACAUGAUAUAUCGUGCUACAAUUUUCAAGGAUUUUACAUUUUUUUGUGAAGCUCAUUGUAUCAAGAACGCUCCGAAGUAAGUGUGAUAAGAAAACAUGUACAUUUUAA